CUACCCAACACUGCGUUCGAUAAGGUAGAAUAGAACACACAGCACCUGUGUCCGUUGAUUUUUCCUCUUCUUGUUCUUCAUCGUCGUCAAGAAACUCAGACCAAAUAGCGUGUUGCAGAGAUGGAUUAUUCGGGCUACAACUACCAGCAGCAACAGCAACAACAUUCCUAUGGCUACGACCCUUCUCAGAUCCAAAUCCAACCCUACGAUCAAUCCUAUGCUUAUCAACAAUACUACGCAUACAAUUCCCAAUACGCCUAUUUUUCCAACACACAUCAAGGUCAGUUUCAAUUCCAAUCCGAACCCGCUCCUCUUCACCCUCCCGGCGUCAAUCCCACCGUUCCGGAGUCCGCCCCGACUGGACCAUCUCAAUACAGAGGUAGGGGUGGCCGGGGUGGUAGACCAUUUAGAGGGGCUGGUCGUGGUCGGGGCCAUGGUAGGGGCCAUGGUGUUGGAGGUGGUAGACACGCACCAUCUCAUUCUUCUGGUGCUGCUAUUUCUCAUGUAGCUGGUGCACCUGUUGCUGCUGGGACUAGUUCAGCGAUAGAACCUUCAUCAUCAGUCUCUGUGCCAACACAAUUACCUAAACAAGCUCGAGUGCAACCACCAGCACCACGUAAGGUGUGCUGUGAAAUUUGUAAGGUUGAGUGCAAUACUCCAGAAAUCUUGGAGCAACACAAGAAUGGGAAGAAACAUCAGAAGAAUAUGAGGAUGCAUGAAGAAUUGCAAAGGCGUAAUGCUCUAAAUGGACAACAGAAUGCGCAAAUUCCUACCUCUCAAUUGAAUUUGACAGAUCAACCUAAGCAAGUUCAGGAGUCUGAGAAUAAUGGAUCCCCAGCAGAAAAUAUGGGCUCUAGGAUUAUAGUUAAUAAUCACGAGGACGAAACUCAGCAGCAGAAUAAUGUAGGAAACAUUUCUGAGGCUUCUGAAGCACCUGAGGCAAAAAACACGGAUAGCUCUGCCGCAAGAGGCCGAGGAUUAAAGCGGAAGAAGAAAGGAGGAGGAAAAGGAGGUAAAUACAUGAGAACCAAUGAUGGUUUAAAGACUGUGGAAUCUGCACAAACCAUGUCUUUUAGAUGUGAGUUGUGUGACGUUAAAUGUGAAUCACAAAUUGUUUACCAGAGCCAAAUGACUGGAAAAAAGCACUUAUCGAAACUAAGGCGUGCUCAUGAUCCCCAAGCUUCAUCUGGAGUAGGCCAGCAGCAAGCUCUGUCUGGAGCACUCUUGGGUCUUCAAGCCCUUUACCCUCCUGACAUCAAUGCUCUGUCUAAUGCAAUUAAUGCUCAAGUACAACAAGGUGAUAAUGAUCCACAGGUACUUUUGGCUCAGCUCCUGAUGACUGUACUAUCUCAAGCACAAGUUACAGCAGCAGCCCAAGUGACAGGUGUCACCGCUGCUCAGAUGCCUGGACCCAUAUCUAUGGCUGGACCAAGUUAUGAACCCCAGUUGUUGCAAACACAAGUAUCAGAAAUCACAGCACAUGCUAAUUUGGAUAAUCCUUCUGCGGAAACAAAAAUUGAGGUGUAACCUGAUCCAUCACUGGAGUCAAAAGCUCAGCAAGGCUCAAGUGUCAGCACACAAAUUGAAGGUGGUGGUUCUGAAACUAAACCGGUGUAAAAUUCCCCCAAUAUAUUUCUGUUGCGACACCCACAGCCAAUUUCAGAAUGUGAAUCUCCCACCGCUUGGUAGGCCAAAGAUGAUUCAAUCAUUCUCUUAAAUUUUCCACUUUUGUUCUUCCCAAAAGGGUGGUUAUUAACUGUUGUUGGGAUUUUAUUUUUUUCUCAUAGGUAGAUUUGAAUAUUGUAGGAAUUUGCUCAUAUGGAUGUUGGGAGGUGCUAGAAAUCCUUUAUGUUACUGCAAUGUGAAAAUUACCUUU